CUUGAAGUGUACGUUUUCCCGGAUCCUGAGAUGAGGCAGGAGUGGGAAGAAGACGAUGGUCGAAUGGAGGAUUGGUGGUUGGACCAGCUGGAGAGAACUUGGGAAAAAAUCCCAAGAUAUUAUGGCAUCAUUCACAAUCUUGAGGUACCCAUGGACUUGCUGGCGAAGUUCACGGUGUAUCUCGGACAGCAUUUUUACGCAAAUAAUGAAUCACGGCUCCAUCAGGUGUUGAGAGAAUUCCUCAAUUUUCUCCGGCUGGUUCACCGUGAGGAUGAGGCGCUGGAGAUGCUGCCUCACACUCACGCCAUUGCAGCAGCGGCUGUAAUGAUUCUGGAUGCCCAGAAUCAUUACAACACAUAAUAUGCAUGCUCCAGACAACUUUUUUAUUACAACUUUUUUAUUACAACUACCUCUGAACACUUAGAAUAAGAAGUUUU